UUUUAGAAGUAACUUGGUUCUUCACCUUAGUUGUGGGCGAAAACAUAUUCAGCCAUGCCGACCUUUGACAAUGUCCUGGAGGAAGCGGGAGUUUUUGGAAUUUAUCAAAAAACUAUUUUCUUCCUAAUUUAUUUGACAUCGGCAUUGUUUUCCUAUUUGUAUGUUGGAUUUGUUUUUUUGGCAAUCACUCCAGAUCACUGGUGCCGGAGUCCUGGAGUGACCGAACUGAGUAAUAAGUGCAACUGGUCUCCAGAAGUGGAGAAGAAUUACACAAUUCCCCUAAGCAGGAAUGAUCGAUCCUCAUACAGUCAGUGUGAGAGAUAUGAUAUAGACUGGAACGCUUCUUCUGUGAGCUGUGACAAUCCACUGCCAUUUGUGCAAAAUAGCUCCAGAACUCUGCCGCUCACUGGGUGCCAGGAUGGGUGGGUGUUUGAAAAUGGCUCGUCCCCCAGCAUUGUGACAGAGUUUGAACUGGUGUGCGCUGAUGCCUGGAAGUUGGACCUCUCUCAAGCCUGUCUGAAUCUGGGAUUUCUGAUCGGAACAAUAUUCAUGGGCUAUGCAGCAGACGUGUUCGGCAGAAAAGUAUGCUUCUUGUUUGCAAUCCUUGUGACCUCAGUUUCUGGUCUUUGCGUGGCAUUUUCACAGAAUUACUUGUGGUUUGCGAUCUUCCGAACUCUUCAAGGCUUAUUCAGCAGAGGAGGAUGGCUCUGUGGCUAUGUUUUAAUCACAGAAAUUGUCGGACUGGAGUACAGAAGAACAGCAGGAAUACUGAACCAGAUGUGGUUUAGCAUUGGGAUGAUGAUACUGCCAGCUGUUGCCUAUUUUAUACAAGACUGGAGAAAUCUGCAAUUGGCUGCCACAAUACCAAACUUCCUCUUUCUGAGUUACUACUGGCUGAUCCCAGAAUCUCCCAGAUGGAUGCUUACUCGAAGGAAAAAUGCAGAGGCUAUGAAAGUUUUACAGACAAUGGCAAAAAGAAAUGGGAAGACUCUCACAAGCAGUUCUAAGUCAAUUACAGUUGAAGAGUGCAAUAAGGCAGUUGGUUCUCCUUCAUUCAUAGAUCUUGUCAGAACGCCACAGAUGAGGAAACAAACCCUCAUUUUGAUGUUCAACUGGUUUGCAAGUGCGAUGAUUUAUCAAGGCCUUAUCAUGCGUUUGGGAAUUUUGGGCGGAAACAUUUACCUUGAUUUUUUUAUCUCGGGAGCUGUGGAAAUUCCAGCGUCAGUGAUUAUUGUCUUAGUUAUUGAAAGGAUUGGCCGGCGUCUUCCUUUUGCCGCAGGUGGCCUGGUUGCGGGGGGAUCCUGUUUGAUAGCUGCCUUUAUACCUAAAGAUUUCUUGUGGCUGAAAACCGCGAUUGCAUGUUUGGGUAGACUGGGAAUAACUGUAACAUUUGAAAUGGUCUGUUUUGUAAAUACUGAAUUAUACCCCACGUUUUUAAGGAACUUUGCAGUGUCGGUAUGCUCAGCACUGUGUGACGCAGGGGGAAUAGUAGCCCCAUUCAUUCUGUACAGGCUAGCAGCGAUAUGGAUAGAAAUGCCUCUGGUGGUUUUUGGGAUUAUUGGUUUGGUUGCUGGUGGAUUAGUGCUGCUUUUACCUGAGUCAAAGGGUAUGGUCUUACCAGAUACCAUUGCGGAUGUGGAAAACUUGAGAGUGCAAAAGAAAAAGAUAGCAAAGACUCAAUACCAGCACGUUGCUCUACAUUCCUCAACAAGGAAGAAGGAACCUGCCGCAGUGAAGAUUAACUUCAAAUCCUGAAUCGUUGCAAUUCAAUGGAAAUGGCUACAAAUAAAUAGUCACUACACUUUGCAGAAACUUUGUGAAAUGCUUCAAACCGUUCUCGGCAUUAUAGGCACUGUAUCAAAUGCAAAGAUUAUUAUUAUUAUUCACAGCAAUUUAUUUUCAGCUUCUCGUUUGACAAGUUCUAUACCAUCCAUGAAGUUUUGCCCAGUGUCCUGAUCAACAAUCCUCCAGAUAAAAUUGGUCGAUCACUUCAUAGCUGAUUUUGGGGCAUUGUAAAAUAUAUGUACAUUUACAGGCAGGUCAUUAUUUUUUUCUUUACUCAAAAUGUAGGCACAAGGUAGCCGUUUAUGAUGAUUCAAUCAUAAGAAAAUUACGGUUAAUUCUCUUUAAUUGACAUGUAUUAAAAGGCCCUAGUAUGGCAAAUAAUUAAACUACAGAUAGAACAAUAGUAAAUUUGUAUUGCUUUCUAAAUGUGUUCCACCUCUUCGGGUUAUCAAACAAUUCAAGUCGGUCAGGAAUUAAUAUGAAACAAAAUAUUUAAUGAGUUCUCUAAUGCUACGCUAUACACACUGUAAACAUUUAACAAGAACUUAUUUUUUAAAAUAAAAUGUUGAACUU